UCUGCGUGUCUCUUCCUGCCCGUGUGCCUCUGUGUUGCCCAGCUCCCUGUUGCCCUCUCGUGAGGACCUUGGAAAGGGCUUCUCCUUCCCGGCGGCCGUUCCCAGAGCUCCUGGCAGCCCUUCCCGCUGCUGCGUUUUGCACAGCGCGCACCCGCUCGUUGGAGGCAGCGCAGUGAAGUAUCUCCCCUCCCACCCCCCUUCCAUUUAUUCUUAUUCAUAAGGCUUUUUGCUAACCAGUAGUUGUGAGUUUUUUUCUUGCCUGUCAAGAUGAUUUCCAGUUUUAUAGCUUGUAUUUUUAAUUGGUUAAAAAUGCUUCCCUUCUGAUGAGUGUCCUUGCUAACCUUUAUAGUAGGGCCCAGGUACAACUUUGCCAGAGAGCAACUCGAUCACAAAGCUGUGAAGUCCCAAAUUAAGCAAAUUUUGACAGACUUUACACAUACCGUUACUGUUGCCCAAGGAGGGGUGUGUGUGUGUACAUGCAGAUUGCCCGUGGGCUGUGUGGCUCUCAGGCCACCCCAGCAAGGCCACCAGGUCUCUCUCUGAGGCAUAAAUGGGGUUUGGUUCUUCCCAGUGCUAUGAAAAUCUUGCUUCCAAGUGAGCAACGAAGAUGAACUCUGAAAACGGUUUCUAUUUUCCUUUUUCAGGCACUGUGCUGUGAAUUAAAAUGAUGACAUUGAGGUCCCCCUUUUCAGUGGUGUUCAAAGUAUAGUGUUAUUUUUUCUCUUGUAAGAUGAGAUCUUACAAUUUUUUCAGACUUUGAACUGGGGAGUCCUAUGCUGCAACAGUGUUGUAAGUCAUGUAGCUGAGCUGCAUCCAGAUGGACAGUGUCCUGCUCCUUCUUGCCUGCCAGUACAGGAGUAGCAGGAUUUUCAGCACUCACCUUCACACCAUAUCUUCCCUAGAGCGUGCUUUGCUUCACCGGUGUGGCAGCCCUGUCCUGGAGGAGUAAAACUGUGUAUUUGUGCAAGAGUGAGGCUGGACUGUGUAGAGGAGGGAUGCGUGAGGAUGCGAUGCACCUUUCAUGUGCAUUUUUAAAUUCUGUGGGAUUUACAGGUGUCUUCCACCUUCAAAUUUAUUACCAGGCCACUUUAAUGUGUCUUCACUCUAUUGAACUUAAUAAAACACUUAACUACAUAAAUGAGUGAAGGAGAGGUUAUAUAUAAAUCCUAAUUGUGACCACUGCACUUUUCCUUUUUCAUCAUAGUAUCUUCCUGCUUCUUAUUAUAAAUUAAUGUAAAUUCAUAACAGGAAGCAAACCAGUACAUUCUUCAAUUUGUUUCUAGUGUAUUAAACAGGUCACAUUCAGGUUAGGCCCAGGAAAACAAACAGCAGUUCAAACUUGUUUCUGUUUGUUGUGUAUUCUGUUUUAAACCUCCUCUGUAUGAUGAGUCUACAUCCAUUAUUGAAGUCAUGACAGGAGAUGUAUGAGUAGGUAUAAAGUGUGCUAUUUAUUUUAGCUUGCCAUUUGGGAACUGUGCACAGGCUACAACAGGUAUGAACAGGGUUUGUAACAAGAAUGAACUGAAUGAACAUUGAAGAAAACAAAUUCUGUGUGUGGAAAUGUGGCUUGUAGACUUACUUUUACAGUUUUAGUACAAGUGAGAACAUAUCUUCCUUUCUGAAAAUCUUAAGUAGCACAUGUGUCUGAUUCUGCUAGCCAGGUACCUCUUGCAAUGCUUUUGCACUGAGGGCAUACCUGUGCAGUCUAAGGAGCAGUGGACACUGUGGCAUCAGCUGGUGCUGCUGAGAGAACAGUCAUCUCUUUCCAGAAUCUCUAGUAAUUUUGUUCUCAUUUCUGUGUGAAAAAUGCUGCAAAAAUAUUGGGUGAAAACGAUAUUCUAGUCAUGGAUUUCAAGGAAGCAUGUUUAUGCGCUGUCCUGAUUGUCUGUUGGGGUUCACAGCCAUAUCAUAAAACUUGUCUAAGCCUCCUUUUCAGAUCCUUUUUUCCACCAAAACAAUCUAAGUAUCUGGUUAUACUUCUUUCAAACUACUAGAACUACUUAAAGAAAUGUCUUUCUCAGUGUGCUCAUUACAGCUCUCUGUAAGCACCACUGAAAGAGGAACUGGAGCUCUUUCAGAGUCUUAAUUAACCUCUUGCCAAGUGUGAGGAAAGACAGUUUUACAUCUGGAAUGGCAUGAGCAUUAGAGACCAAUGCAGGUUUUCCUUCCUUUUUAUCUGUGGCAAGUUCAGCAAUGCUGUGAGUGUGGCCUAGGAUGCUACGCUGUCCAGAUUUUGAGCAGAGUGAUUUGGCACAUCAUAAGGUGAUUGGUGGGUUUAGAAGCGGUUCUUUGCUACCUGUGUUGUUAUUUGGUCAGAAUUGACAGCCACCUGAGUAAUAGGUUUAAGUUUUUAUAAAAAUCUAACCAAAAUUUAAGCAGAUUUUUUAAAAACCCUAAUUUAGAAGCAGGUUUCUCCAGAGCUGUUGCAACUGGUAGAUUUUGCAAUGGCUGCUUGUCUUUGCUGAUGGUGUAAGAUCAUGACGUGUACCUAGAUAUUUUUGCUCUGUAUGUGGUGAGCCUGAAGUUGAAUUACAAGGUAUGUCUCGGAUUUCUUUAAACAUCUGUGAAUCAUGCAAGCACAUUGAGUUAUGUGAGAUCUGGUCUGUGAUUUCUGCUCUUUAUCGCUAGGUAGAAUUAACUCUCUGAGUUUCAGUGAAAGCGCCACCACUUUCUCUUAUUGUACGAAGCUGAUCUCUGCAUCUGGCUGCAAGCAUUUUGGGUUAACAAACUAUUGUCUUGAAGAGGACACUGUGGUGUUAGCUGCUGUAAUAGCAGAAAUGGUUGACAGACUAGCUUCAGUUGAAGCUGUGGUGUAGAAAAUCUGGAAAUUGCUCAAAAUUUUUAUUUGAGUCUGAAGAAAGGUUCUUUUUUCUUUCACCUACCAGCCAGGUUAGAUAGCUCUGGUGAUUGGGGCUAGUGUUGGGGGAGGUGUGUAUGAAGACACUACAGCUGAUCAUAGCCCUCAUUAUAAGCAAAAUCUUGCUGCAUGUUGGAUUGCUUGGCUUAUAUGCUUCUACAUUGUUUCAUAAAAUGGAAUUUUCAAUGUAUAGGUUGUUAAAGUGGGGAGAUUUUUGAAAUAUAGAACUUGUGCCAGUUUUGUUUCUCCUUUCUGGAAGCUUGGGCGCUUCUGAAAGAAAUCGUAUAUCAGAGCUUAAAGGCAAAGAUAGCCUUCCCUUAAAGAGAGGCAAGAUAUGGUUCCACUAACUGGCCCCAGCUUGCCAGUUCCAGCUCCGACUGUGUCCUUCCUGAUGUAUUUAGCUUCUAAUCUAGGAGAGAAAUACGGAAUGCAGUGUGCCAGCUUUGAAAAGUUGUUCACAUCUGCUGUGCAGCAUCCCUUGCAUAUCUUAGUUACUAAAACAAUGUGUUUUUCCUUUGUGAUUUUUAUUAAUAAAUAUUUCUUUAUUAUUCUAAUGACAGGUCAAAUACCAAGACUUUCUAAAGUCAAUCUCUUUACUUUAUUCAGUCUCUGGAUGGAGCUCUUUCCCUCAACUGAGCAACAGAAGAAAUUGCAGGUAAAGAAGAGUGGUCUUGUUGUUGUGAAAAACAUGAAGAUUGUUGGUCUUCAUUGUUCCAGUGCAGACUUGCACGCUGGUCAGAUUGCACUCAUUAAACAUGGAUCAAGACUUAAAAACUGUGAUCUUUAUUUUUCCAGAAAACCGUGUUCAACUUGUUUAAAAAUGAUUGUAAAUGCUGGAGUGAACAGAAUUUCUUACUGGCCUGCAGAUCCUGAAAUCAGCUUGCAGAAUGAGGCAUCCAGUCCCAUGACUACUGAUGAUGCAAAGCUAGAUGCCAAAGCAGUGGAAAGAUUGAAGUCAAAUAGUCGUGCUCGUGUGUGUGUCUUGCUUCAGCCCUUAGUGUGCUAUAUGGUGCAGUUUGUUGAAGAAACUUCCACCAAAUUUGAUUUCAUUCAAAAAAUAGCAAAAUCUCAGCCUGGCUUUAAUACUGACUUUUAUACUGAAUGUAGACAAGAGAAAAUAAAAGAGUAUGAAAGCUUAUUCCUAAUUUCAAAUGAGGAAAUGCACAAGCAAAUAUUGAUGACAAUAGGACUGGAGAAUCUCUGUGAAAAUCCAUACUUCAGCAACCUUAGACAAAAUAUGAAAGAUCUUGUCUUGGUCUUGGCCACGGUGGCUGCCAGCGUCCCUGCGUUUGGAUGCUUUGGGUUUUACUGCCAUGAAUCACAACCAACAAAUGAAACGUACCAUCAGGGUUUGCCCCAAGAAAUUGCAAGGCACUGUAUGAUUCAAGCCAGACUACUUGCCUAUCGGACAGAGGAUCAUAAAACAGGAGUUGGAGCUAUUAUUUGGGCAGAAGGAAAAUCUAGAAGCUGUGAUGGAACAGGAGCAAUGUAUUUUGUAGGCUGUGGUUACAAUGCCUUUCCUGUUGGAUCUGAAUAUGCUGAUUUUCCACACAUGGAUGAUAAACAAAAAGAUCGGGAAAUCAGAAAGUUCAGAUACAUUAUACAUGCUGAGCAGAACGCCUUGACAUUCAGGUGUCAAGAAAUAAAGCCAGAUGAGAGAAGCAUGAUAUUUGUGACAAAAUGUCCCUGUGAUGAAUGUGUACCUUUAAUCAAAGGGGCUGGUAUCAAGCAAAUUUAUGCAGGAGAUGUUGAUGCUGGAAAAAAGAAAGCAGACAUAUCAUACAUGAAGUUUGAUGAACUUGAGGGUGUAAGCAAAUUUACAUGGCAACUAAAUCCAUUUCACACUGAUGUCCUUGAAUUCCAUGAUCCCACAGCCAGAGAAAAUGGGGUCCAGAAAACAAGAUCACUAGAUGACCAGCAGCACCAAAACAAGAAGCUGUGUCUUGGCCACUAUUGAACAACUAGGACUCCUGCAAUCUCGCUCUGUACUUUUAUAAUGCAGCCUGUUUGCACUUUCAAAUAGGGAAGGGUUUUAUUUAUUGUUUGGAAAGUGGUUUUUAGAAUAAGUAUAUUUAUGAUGUCUUAAAUGUUUUAUAGAAUUUUUAAUUUAGAAGUUCCUGGGGAAAAAUGCUACCUGUAUUCUCUGUGGAAGGAACUGGGUGGCUAAUCAUUGUUAACACAUUAAAGAAAAUCAGUCUGAAAGUUCACUGCUGAUAGGUCAGAAUAAUAGUAAAAUGGUGUCCGUUUUGGUUGGUAUAUGAAUUGAGGGCAUGGAUUUCUAAGCUCUGGGCUAGCAGAAUAAGUCCUAGUUCUUCAAGUACAGUGCUCAAGGGAAUCUCUUAGAAAACAGUAGCUAGGUAGUCACUAGUAACUAUUUCUAGUUCCUGAAAGUGGCUUUUGCUUCUCACUCUGCUUACAUAAUGGAGACAAAGCCAUGGGGAUGGAAAUGGUUGCUAGAUAAGUGAUUUGUGGAUCAAGCUCCUCUCUCAUACAUGCCUCUUCCACCUACAGAGAGCAGCAGAGCUCUUCUGUUCUGUGAUACUUGCAUUGCUGCUGCGUGCUCUGUGUGCUUCCUCAACUGCAUCCCAUCUGAAUUAAUGUAGACAGAGAUGAGCUUUGCUUUUCUCAGAUUCUGGACUCAAGCCUAAAUGAAUUUGGCUGUAUGCAUCUUGCCGACCCGUAGUGCUUAGUUUUUGUUCAGCUUCGUUAACAGGCUUGUAGGACAACAGAAGCUAAUAAAGUGCUAGAUGUCCUGUUGUAUCUUAAAUAGGGUGAUAUGUCCCACUAGAGUAGCCCAUACCUUUUCAGAUGCGAGUGUUUUGAGUAACUACGUGUGGAGCCUGGAUGGCAUGCUUAAAAAAAGAACUGAAGUUUUUUUUUUUUUUUUGGGGGGGGUGGUACUGGGGUAGGUGCCAGGUAACCAGAAUACAAGGUUGUAUCUCAUCUUGAGCGGUCCCUCUCCCUAUGCCCAUCUGUUUGCUGCUUUGAGUAUCAUCUCUAGGUGUUUGUUUUAGCAGACAUUCCAAGGCUUUCUUUGCUCUCCUGCAGAGCUCUCAAGUGCAAACAGCUUAAACCUUUUUUCUGCUGCUGGUAGGGAAUGUAAACAGCCUCUUUCCAACUCUUUCACAUGUCUCGUCUUCUUUUGUCACCCUCCCCAAAGUCCUAGAGGGGGAAUUGGGUUCCAGGUUGCUGCUGUGUAGGUUCUGUUGGUUCCUUUUAGGCUUUGGAAACAUUUUGAACUAGAUAGCAAAGCUGUGGUUAGUGUGUAAAGGAGCUUUAAUGUGGCAUUAAUUGCAUGAAGUCUGUUACCCAGUUUAGCAACUGGUCAUGCAAUUUAAGAUACAGUCCUUGAUGCUUAUAACUGCAUCAAGGAACUGUGGUUCCUCAUGGCUCAUAGUAUAAGCUUGUUCUUACGUACCUGGACAUCAGAGCUGGGGAAUGCUUAAAUGCUCUUAUUGCCAUGCUGUCCACAUGAGUACUCACUCCCCCUGGAGCUGGAGAAGCUGCUGUUUCUCCAUCUAGUUAAAUUGAAGACUGUUCUAGGGCUGCCAGAUAAAUGUGGUGCAUGCAGAGUUAGCAGCAGAAAUCUCAUCAGACAGUAGCCUGACCUCCUGCACUGCUGCUGUCUUGCUAAGCAGGAUGCAUACAGCUUCAUUUCACAGGACCACGUAGUGUGAGCAAAGGAGAAACGCACAACCCUCCAAGGGAAGCAUGGUGAAAUUUGUUUUUGUGGCACACCUCAAAAGGCUGUUUUUGCACAGUAGCUCAUAAAGGAAUAACUGAACUGCCACUGCAUGAGGUCUUGUGAUCUAGAGCAGAGGAAACAUCAUCCUGAACUUGCAGCCAGAUCUGCAGCAGCGAGGGCUCUGCGGCUCGCCCACUGAGUUCAGAGCCCAGCACAGAUCCAGGUGUAGGCUUGGGGGUUAUUGCUCUGGCUGCCAUGCAGACCUCAAAUGGGGUUUCUUCCCUCAUUGAGGACUGCACUGUUUGCUUGCUUGUAGCUUCCAUACCAGGUUAAAGUCAUGUAUUGUUUCUACACUGUUUCAUAAGCAAGAUUGUCUUAAUAAUCUGUUUUUGAAUUAUAGAUUAAUUUAUUAUGGCAUAUUUCCCCACAUGCACUACUCUUAAGCAUCUUGUGUUGGAAUAACUACUCUUGACUUUUGCUACAGAUAGAAAAAACCACUGUCCAGGUUAGCCUAAAACGUCCAAAAAGCUACCCAAAACUUACUUGUUUCCAUAAUCUAUAGGCAACGUUUUUAUACCUGAGGUAAAAGGGGAGAAAAGACGUACAGGUUUUGUAAUCAGUCAGCUGGUGUCAAAAUAGGUAAAGAAGUCUAUAGGAACAACAUGUGUCUUAUAGGAAAUUGAAAAGUCCCUAAAAAGUCACAGAUGACCUGGAAAGGUAAAGCAAGAUACACAGCAAAUAUGACACAUUAAAUAAAUACACUGGCAGGUUUUUUUAAAUAGAAUUGAAUCUUGAAGAUCUGUAUGAAUGUUGCUGAUAAAUCUGUACUUCAUGAGGAGUUAUUUUAAAAUUUAAGACUUUACUUUGUUUUUUAAAAAGCAGGUUUUUGUACAAAUUUUACAUUGAAAUUUGGAAUUGCGUGUAGGGCUGAAGGUUCGGAAGUCCCUUUUCUGUCAUGCCAUGUUUCUACAGAUUCAUCCAGUGGCUCAUGAACUUCUGUAGGCUCCAAUUAUUGAUGUAACUCUGCACCUUUGCUUCUUCCUGGGAUUACAGAGUAGGUGCUUUAUCUUAGCCCGUAGAAAUCCCGUUCACGUUGUUCCUCUCUCGGCUCACAGACCAUGCAAGUGCUGCUGUGUACCUCAUCUACGUGCCCGGGAAAGCCACGGACGAUGGCGACCUCCUGCAGCGCUUGUUUUGCAAGUAUACUCUAGGAUGUUUGUUUCUUAUGUAAAAAGAGAAAUGUAUUUAAGAUAUGUAAAGUUAUAUAUUUUAUAUAUAUAUAUAUAUGUGUGUGUGUGUGUGUGUGUAACAUUCCCAUAGGCAUUUUGGGUCUUUUCCAUUCAUGCCAGAACAGUCGUUUUAAUUGCAGGUAUUAACUACCAGUAAUUAUUUGGCCUCUUGACUGCAAAUUACAGAAAUUCUGUUAAUCGUCUGCCUUACAGCAAAACAUGUUUUCUGCUAAUAAAUUAAGCCGACAGUAA